CUGCUCCUUACCCUGCGCAUCCCAGCCCGGAGAGCAAAGGGGUGCGCGGGUCACAGAGUCUCCCCUAGGGGCAGAAAAACCUGGAGAAAAGCCCGAAAGCGCACCAAAGCACUGCGAGAAGCUCAGGCAGCUUUUCUCCCCAAGGACACCCGUCCAAAGGGUGCCCAGGCUCCCCGGUCUGUCCCCCGCCCCCGGAGCAGCUGCGGGUCAGGACAGCGCGGAGCAGGGCACGGAGGGRAUGCUCGGAUGGAAAUGGGAAGGAAGGGAAGGGAAACACAUGGAGAAAGUCCGGAUUCCCCGCUGCACUAAACGGCCACGCCUGAAUGAAGACUGCUCGGGUCUGGAAAUAAAAAUCCCCAAGCAACCCAACACAUUUUCAUCCAGGAGUGCAACCCAAGGCCUAAACAUCCGCUUCAGUUCUCCCUCUAUGCGGAUGUGAAAAAGAUGUCCAAAAACACGACCGAGAGCUCCAGCAACGCUCCCUCAGCUCUGCUGGGCCUGUUCCUGAGCAGCAUCUCCCUGACCACCAUCGUGAUGAACAUUUUAGUGCUGUGUGCCGUGAAAACGGAGAAGAAGCUGCAGACGGUGGGCAACCUGUACAUCGUGAGCCUCUCSGUCGCCGACCUGAUGGUGGGCGCGGCCGUCAUGCCCCUCAACAUCGUCUACCUKCUGAGCCCCUCCUGGCCCCUGGGGCUGGCAGCCUGCUUGUUCUGGCUCUCKGUGGACUACGUGGCCAGCACGGCCUCCAUCUUCAACCUCUUCAUCCUGUGCGUGGAUCGCUACCGCUCGGUGCGGCGGCCGCUGCGCUACCUGCGCUACCGCACCAAGAUGAGGGCCUCGCUGCUCAUCCUGGGUGCGUGGCUGCUCUCCCUCACCUGGCUCAUCCCCAUCCUGGGCUGGCACGUCUUCGCCAACAACGGCCGCAGGACGGUGGCAGGAGACAAGUGCGAGACGGAGUUYUCUGAGGUCACCUGGUUCAAAGUGCUGACGGCCAUUUUCAACUUCUACCUGCCCUCGCUGCUGAUGCUGUGGUUCUACUGCAAGAUCUUCAGGGCCGUUCGGAAACACUGCCAGAACAGGCAGCUCCCCAGCGGAUCAUCCUGGGCCUCCUUGGAACAAAACCUCGGCCAUCAGACCAAGGGGAAGGAGGAGAACAAUAUCUGCCUCCAGAAGCAAARCUUGGAUGGGAACGGCCCCGGCACAGACAGGCAAAGCGCUGCUCAGCCCCAGGAAGGGAAGGCAGAGCCGCAUUUCAGCGAUCCUGAUGAGUCUUCAAAGGAUUUGAGCAAUGGGAAGGUCCUCAAGUGGAGCUGUUGCUCUCUCAGCAGGGCCAAGCCCGGCCUGGAUAAAGCAGGAGAGAAGUGUGACACAAAAAACCCUGGGAAUACAGGGGAGCCCAGCUGCCAGGACAGCGACUCCAGCGGGACAUCAGACAGCCAGACCUUCACCGAGGRGACACCCCGUGCUCAGCACUCCAACCCCAACCCUAAAACAGCUCAGAAAAACACUGACAGGAGGGAUUCCAGAGGCCUGACGUUCCUGAGGAAAACCUGGCAGAGCCUGCACAGCCAUUCCAGAAGKAGCAUCCAGCAGCUGCGCGGGAGCAGGGAGAGGAAAGCGGCCAGGCAGCUGGGGGUGAUAAUGGCAGCCUUCAUGCUCUGCUGGAUCCCCUACUUUGUGCUCUUCAUGGUGAAAACAUUCCACAAGCAGGUCUCAGAACUGCACAUGGUCACCAUCUGGCUGGGCUACGUGAACUCCACCUUAAAYCCCUUCCUGUACCCUCUCUGUAACCAUAACUUCAAGCAGACUUUCAAAAAGAUCCUUCACAUUCACUGACGCUGCUC